GGGGGGGGGGGGGUGACCACUUGACCAAGUUAUGAAAUAGUAAAUUAAAAUUGGGUGACAUUGUGUAACUCACUUUAUUUUAUAUACUCUUUUCUUCUGUAUCUGCUUUCAACGUAAUAUAGAUAUCAUCACAACUAUAUACCGUCCUCAACAUGGGUGUGGGUGAGCGAAGAGGAGGACGCCGAGCUGGAGGUCAUCGACGUGCAAAUCAUCGCCAUAAUCACCACAAUCACCACCAUAAUCACCCUCGUCAUAUUCAUCAUCAUGGUCGGCUUCAUGGUGGGAUUCAUGGUAAUCGUCGUAUGUUUCGGGGUCCCGGCCUUUCUACUUUCGGCUGGAGACGCCGAGGUGGUAAUCGAGGUGGUAACCAAGGGGGGCCGCCGGUGGCCGUCACCCCGGUGCACUGCGUCAGCCUUAUGAUGCUUAUCAUGCUUGGCAUGUUCGGUUUUAUUGCAGGGAUGACAUUGGCCAAUAUUGGAGGAUGGUUAGCUAGUUCUGUUGGUAUUGCGGGCAUGGUUGUUCUCCUCAUCAGUGCCAUCUUGCUCAUCAUCGUCAUCGUCCUCCGAUGUCACAUGCAGAAAUUGUCUCCGCAGCCAGCGGUAGGGAUGGAGGCCGGGACAUUGAACCCUAAUAUGACAGUAUCCAAUGUAACUUUACAAGGAGGAAGCGCCACAGUUUCACAAGUCGGUGAGACGACAUCCUAUAUCAUCCAAACAGGUGCGAUGCAGCCUGGAGGAGUUGCCAUGGGAACACAGCCAGGGUAUCCUGGAGGCCCCGCCCAGCCUUAUCCUCCACCUUCACAGAACUACCCAGUCGCACCAUAUCCUCCCUAUCCGAACGGAGCUGCCCAGUACCCACCCCCUACCAACCCACCAGCGGCAUCCAUGCCUUACCCCCAACUGGGAGCCGCGCCGCCGGUAAACUACGCGGUCCCUUACCUGCGCAGCCAUCGGCUAACAGUCAUAUGGGCGUGGUCAAUCCGACCUCCCAGGGGAACGACAUCGUCCCGCCCCCAUCAUAUAAUGACGUCAUGA